AUGUCAGAUACGUCUCGUGGACAUAAUUCUAGUCACGGAAAUCAACCUGGACCUCAGAGAUUAAAAGUAACACCUGAAUGUAGGUUGAAAAAUCCAGCAGCUUUAAAAAAUAAGAACAGAUCAUAUUCGAAUAUUUUAGAAGUCACAAGCACACCAUCUCAGACCUGCAAUCCUGAUUCCAUUGAGCCCAAUCAAAAUAUAAAGAUGAAAAAAACUUGUGCUCGUUGUAAAGAAGCAACUAAAUGUGUUAAAUUGCUUAGUUCUAAAAUUGGUAAACUUGAGGAAAUGGUAGAUUCUUUAGCCGAACGAUGUCGUUCAGAUUUUGUAAAUAAUGAGACAAUAUACAGAGCCACAAAUAUUCCCGGAAUUUUUGUGACAGAUCACUUGGGACCUACAAAUUCAGCACUUUUGCCUUUGGACACUUUUAACCUCUUUACAAGUGAUCUUUCUAAUUAUAAACUUGAGGAUUUGAAAAAUCUUGCAGUUUUUAUGACUAGUUGCACUAUUCCUCCAACUUUAUAA